AGUCAACCCACUGAAGAAAAAACAAAAUGGCGGGGCCCGUAACAGGAAGAUUAGCCAGUCCGCAGGCCUCUGUCUCUUUCCAGCUGUUACUGAAUCUGACAACAGUUUACUUUGUUUUCUAUUUCUUCUUUACUCUUGUCGUGAUCAUCAGAAAGAGCUUGGUGUUGUCUUAUCCCACUGAUGCUCUGGUCUGUGAUGUCUGUCUGCUGUUCCUCCUGGCUAUUCUGGAGUUCCUUCACUUCUACUCUGGAGUGAGGGGCCACCUGACGGAGAGUAAGGGUUUUGUUCUUACUCACCUCAUUACCACCGGGACAACUAUCUUGCUGGCGCUCUACUUCCUGUUAUGGCAGACCUACGUGAUGCGUGUGGACGUGGUCCUCAGUGGUGUCUUACUCUUUGUCUAUGGCUUAGAUGGAGUCAUGGCUUUCAUCACUUUAGCCCGACUGGCCAGCAAGAAAUGAAGAAGCCUUCUCUCCAUUGUUAUGUUGUAUUUUACAGUAAUUGUUAAUAAAAAAAUGAACAAAAAAUACAAAAAUUUGUGCCCCAAUUGAUUAUUUAUAGUAAACAUACCAC